AGGCGGAGUCUGACUCUCAUGCUCUCUGCUGUGAUGCCGCCUGCCCAGUCUGUACUGUACAUGACUAAAGCAAGAGGAUGGAGUGAGUGAAAUAAACCCUCACUUUUUAUUUCUCGCUGCCACUUGUCUUUUUUUCUUUUUUUUUGUAAUUUGACAGGGAGAAGGGGUUUGAAUCACUGCGCGAGACUGCGAGAAAGCGUGCGCGUUAGUAGUGGAACACUGGCUGUCUCUUACGCACACCCUACUCCAGUGAAGGCAGCAGCAGUUCAGAUCAGAUUUCACAUUCAGCUCCGACCAGCUGAGAGAGAGGCAGCUAGAGAGCAGGAGGGCUCGAUUCUCCGCUUUCCACUCCGAAACCUCUUUUUUUUUCUCCCCCCCUGUUCGCUGAGCGCCACUAAACGCUCCUGCGAGGAAAAACCCGGGUGCGCGGCGCAAUUAUCGGGAUUUUUCCCUCCCUCCUUCUUUUUUUCUUUUAUGUAUUUUUGCAGGAUUUCAGCCGCGAGAGCGCCACAGAGAAUUAGAUAAGAGGGAAGAGGAAGAGAUGGACGAGCAGCCGAGGUUGAUGCACUCUCACACGGGGGUAGGCAUGGCAGGGCACCCCGGCCUGCCGCAGCAUAUGCAGGAAGGCACCGGAGGAACGGACGGCGACGGAAGAAAACAGGACAUUGGAGACAUUUUACAGCAAAUCAUGACCAUCACGGAUCAAAGUCUGGACGAAGCCCAAGCCAGGAAACACGCUCUGAACUGUCACAGAAUGAAGCCAGCUCUUUUCAAUGUCUUGUGUGAAAUCAAAGAGAAAACAGUGCUGAGCAUCCGUGGCGCCCAGGAGGAGGAGCCUCCGGAUCCCCAGCUCAUGCGCCUGGACAACAUGCUUCUGGCGGAGGGAGUGUCCGGUCCGGAGAAGGGUGGCGGAUCGGCGGCGGCGGCGGCUGCGGCGGCCGCCUCGGGAGGGGCCGGGGCGGACAACUCAGCGGAGCACUCGGACUACAGGGCCAAGCUGACCCAGAUCAGACAGAUCUACCACACGGAGCUGGAGAAGUACGAACAGGCAUGUAACGAGUUCACCACCCAUGUGAUGAACCUGUUGCGAGAGCAGUCGCGCACGCGGCCAAUUUCGCCCAAAGAGAUCGAGCGCAUGGUGAGCAUCAUCCACCGCAAGUUCAGCUCCAUCCAGAUGCAGCUCAAGCAGAGCACCUGCGAGGCCGUCAUGAUCCUGCGCUCCCGCUUCCUCGACGCCAGACGGAAAAGACGAAACUUCAACAAGCAGGCGACAGAGAUCCUGAAUGAGUAUUUUUACUCACACCUCAGUAACCCCUACCCCAGUGAGGAGGCUAAAGAAGAGCUGGCAAAGAAGUGUGCCAUCACAGUGGCCCAGGUUUCCAACUGGUUUGGGAAUAAAAGAAUCAGAUACAAGAAAAACAUUGGUAAGUUCCAAGAAGAAGCCAACAUGUACGCUGCGAGAACUGCCGUGAAUGCGGCUAAUGCAUCCUCACAUGGAAGCCAAGCAAAUUCACCCUCAACUCCAAACUCUGCAGGUUCUGGUGGCUCUUUUAACAUGUCAAACUCCGGGGACUUGUUCAUGAGCGUGCAGUCUCUCAAUGGGGACUCGUACCAGGGGGCUCAGGUGGGAGCCAACGUGCAGUCGCAGGUGGAUACCCUUCGCCAUGUUAUCAGUCAGACAGGCGGAUACAGUGAAGGACUCACAGCCAACCAGAUGUACAGUCCGCAGGGCAUCAAUGCAAACGGCGGCUGGCAGGAUGCUCCGACCCCCUCAUCAGUGACUUCACCCACAGAAGGACCGGGAAGCGUUCACUCCGACACUUCCAACUGAUCCUCCACCCCCGCCCCAUCACCCCCCUGCCGUCCCCUUGACUCCCCACCUUCUUCUUCCUCCACUGUCAUAUCUCCCGAAACUUAAACCCAGACCCCCUUUUGGGACUGGAUGUGACACAGCGGGACACAGUCGGGGUCUGGGGAUGACUUGUUCACAUUUAACGGGCAGAGAUUUCACUUUUCCUAUCUGGACCACCGCAGCACCGUUCGCAGCCCGCGUAGCGGACUUACAUCCACACUUCACAGUUUGUACAGUUUCCACUUGAUGUCCAUGUUGCCUCUUUGUAUAUUUUCUUUACAUUAUAUAUUCACACGGUAGGCUCACAGUCAGCUGCAUAUUGCCCCACGUUCUUGUAAAUUGAAUUCACACUACCUCUAUUCGAAAUAACAACAGAGCAAACAACAUUUAAAACGCUUUGGUUUGACAAAUUUUUAUAACUAUUCCAACUUUACUGUACACCACGCAACGCCCUGUCACGACACAUCUGUUUUUAAGAGUGUACUCUGAUGAUUUUUCUUGUUUAUCUAUAGUGCCAAAGUUCAACCCUGGAGGUGAAUUUUGAUAAAGUUUUUAUCUCGUGUCCUUAACAUUUUUCAUGCCAUGCUUUGUGAGGUAUUAUUAUGUUAGUCCUGUCAUAUUAGUCAAGUAAUAUCCAAGUACUCUGCCUCAAUUUAUAUCAUUUAUAUUCAGAACUCCUGCAACAGAUGCUGACGUAUACGGUGUUUUUAUAUUUUCUUGCCAGGGUAGUCAUGUUUUCUUCUCAUAUGCAGAACAACGAUGUAGAGAAUCUAUAGGUUGCCGUUCAAUUCUUAUCAGAGUCUGGUAAGACUUAAUUAGCAUUUAAUUAUGGGUUGUGUUUAAACCAAUACAGAGAAAAAAAAAUACUUCUGGACACAAUUGUAUAAUCCUAUAAACCAGUCAGAGCCAUUUUGUUGUCGAAGGUGCUUAGAAAGACGUGUGUGACUGUGUGACUUUUACUCUUCUGGCCAUCAUUGCAUACGGCCCGCCCAAACGAUUUGAGCGGUGCUGGAGAUAUUUGCUGGAGCAUAAUUACUUCCAAACAGAGUGACUCCAGACCAGCUUUCCUCUGCAGAGGUUUUAAAGACGAGAUGACUUCCAGGAUAGCGCAAGUUAAAUAAUUAAACGGGCUGAGAUGAAGGUCUGUCGCGCAUUUUUGGCUGCAUCCACGGUAAUUAAGUAUGGCUCGUCAAUGCGUAUCAAAGCACAAUAAGAUCUGCUGAUCAAGUGAAAGGAGAGCAUUUAUAAAAGGAUUUAACUCUAGUGGUGGUAUACAACACAGUACAUUGUCAGAUAUUGUUUAUGUAUCAGUGAGAUCAACGUAGCCAAAUACUGCUGGUAACCAAAUCCAAAACAUAAACUUUCUUUCUGAUUUAAAGGUAUAAUUUUUUGAACACACAUAUUUUUUUUCUUCUCAGAAUUCACCUUCUCUUUUCAUGUAAGGAAUUAUAUCUCUCUUAAAAUUCUGACUGAGCCCAGAAUAGAUUUUUGCAUUCCUCUACAUUGGCAGCUUCAUUAAGGAUUUCUUUUUUCCUCUUUUGGACGCAUUUUAAUAUCUGCAGUACUAGACAGCACCCCAUAACGCUCUAGUAAUCUGUAUUCAAAGACAAACGUUGCAGUCAGAACACAGUAGUGUUGAUAGAAAUUGAAAAUGAAAACGAAUAAAUUAUUCUUUGAGAUGAGCGUUCCUCUGCAAAAUCCACUUCUGUACUCCAAAUGUCCUACUGUAUUCUCAGAAUUUAGGCCCAAAUGUAAUUCCCUAUGCAUUUGGUUCAGUUCGACUUAAGGUUAUUUAUCCGUAACCCCUGUUCUCUGAUAACAUUUGAAUUUUGAACGGAUGUGCUUUUAUUUUCAUCACUUUCAGCACGAGUUUUUGUUCCGAAGGGAUGCUACAUUCAUCAACUCAAACCAAUCCAAAAUGUGAAAUAAAAUUUGUGACUUUUAUUGUAUGUACAGUAUAGUAUGUGGUCUAUAACGUAUACAUGAUUACAAUAGUCCUCAUGAGAUAUCAGCAUUUACAUACUUUGAUACCAAAAAAAAAAAAGAAAGAAAAUGGCAGACUUUUUAAUCCUCUACAUUGGAAUCAGCUUUAUCAAGGUUUUCUUUUUCCUCUUUUGGAAGGCUUUUAUUAUCUGGUGAGCAUCCCACAGUGCUCCAGUGCUCUGCAUUCGAAGCCAAAAGAUGCAGUUAGAAUUCAGUAGUGUUUAUAUAAAUUAAAAAUGAAAACAAAUACCCAGAUGGCACACAAAUUCAUAUGAUCUUUGGAUAUAUUUUUAUGAUCUCCAUUUUGUGAAUAAGUCUUUUGUUUGUUUGUUUUCAUUUGGUGUUAUUUUGACUGUGUCUUUAUAUGUUACCAUCAUAUAUGAGUUAGCCCAAGAAUGCUCUAUAUACAUUAUGUAGAUAUGCACCUUUACUCAUCUUUUGCAUCAGCUGUUGGAUUAGGGGGUAAAAUCCUUUUUUUCCCCCCCUUAUUAUUAUUUUUGACUCACGCUACCAACACAAGCCGAGACAGUUACUGUCGUUACGAUGGUGAAAACUUAUCUUUAACAUCACCCUUUGGUUUUGUUUUUAGCUCAGCAGAAAACAAAAUCCAGUUCCAAGACCCCUCCCGAUAUUCACAAGACAGCCUGAAAACACUUUUUUUUUUUGAAAACAAAAAAACAAACAAAAAAAAAAAACUGGUUUCGGUGUGUUUGUAUUUAUUACAUGUGUAUGAAAUCAUGGUUGCUUUGGCGCUACAGCGUGGAGGUCAGCCCCAGCGUGGUAACACCUAACAAACAAAUUUGGAUGAUUCUGGACACCCCUCCCCCCUCCCCUCCUCGACUCACCUGCUCAGUAUUACUGCCGAGGGGCCAAGCACCAUUGAAGUGAUACACAGAACCUGCCUCAGUCUUUGGAAGUCAUUGGAGUGAACUGACAGCGGCGGCCAUGCAAGGCAACACGAGGAUUGUUUUUGCACCCCUCCGAAAGAAAAAAAAAAAGGCUUAACUCUACUUUUCACAUUGCCUGUCAAAUAUUAUCGAAGCUUCAUGUAAUGAUGCUUUUUAGUUUUUGAAUAUAAAAGGAAAAGAGACAUGAAAAGAAAAAUGAACAAUUUGUAAAACAUGAAAUGUUUUAUUUGUUGCAUGUCUUUUUGUUCUUCAAUAAAAAUAACGUACUGCAGUGUUUUGAAUGUUAACUUCUUUUUUAUAAGGAUUUCAGAGUGAAAUCAUGGAGCCUUUUUUUCUCGACAGGUUUUAACUUUUAAGAUCUCUGCGUAUGUAAAAAGGUAUCAAAUGGAAGCACCAUUGUCUUUUUAAUUCCGAUUCAAAAAUCUGUUUUCUGUGGAGAAAAUUAGCUGAAAGGUGUAGGUUUUAUGGUCUCUUAAUUUGUACUGGCAAUGCAUAUCCCAAAUAAAUAGUUUCUUUUGUUGCAUAAACUG